AUGGUCAAACGCAAGGGUCAAGAUUUUAGUGACGACGAGGAAGAAACAGAGUUCUCUCCGUCUGAUUCGAAGUCUAAGCACCCCGUGAAGCAGGCAAAAGCGACCAAAAGUCAACAGUCUAAACAGCCUAAGAAAAAAGAGAAUUUCGUUCCUGUUGACGGCGAGGAGGGAUCGCUACCACAGCCGAAGAAAAGGCGAACGAGUAUCUCUAAGGCACGCGACCCGCCUCAAGCUAAAGAAACCCUUGCUGAAAGUGAGGAGGAAGCGGAUGGAAUUACCUUGAACGUCAAAAACAAUGACGAAGGUGAUAAGUACCUCGAUCUCGGCAAGAAACGCCGUGCCACUGUUCGAUCCGUAUUCCUGGACAUUCGAGAGUAUUAUGGUCCUGAAGGGGAUGAAAAGCCUGGCAAGAAAGGGGUUACGCUUUCUCAGGAGCAGUGGAAUAAACUGAAACAGAGCUCGGAAGUAAUUGACAUACUGUUCAAGAAGGCCAAGAAAUGA